AGUAUCCGAACGUUAAUAAUUAUUUUUUAUUAGUAAUUAAUUUAACAAAUACAUAUACAUAUGAAAUCAUUGUCUGUCAUGCGUUAAAAAACAUGUGAAAAUCGUGAAAAACCGAAUUGUAAUAGAUGAUAUACGGAUAUAUCACUAUGCUUCAAAGGGCUAAUAUCAAAAGGUUACAGUUUCUAUUACUUUUAUGAUCAAAGUAGGCUUUUGAAUGAUGUGCAUAAACUCAAUACGCCAUGCCAAGGAAUUCAACUAUUGUUAUAAAUAUUCUUGUACCAAUUCUUUUAUUCUUGUAUCAAUUUGAUUGGUAUUAUUUUUAGAACUACCACGCAAAACUAUAGUUCUCAGCGUACAAGAUUUCGCUGCUUUAACGCAGAAAGUGAAGCAAACUAAUCCACAACAACCAUUGAAAAUAAAAGCACUACCUACGAAGAAAUCUAACAAGGUGUCUAAUCCAGUAAAUAGUCAUGGAUCACGAUCCAUGAAAACAGAACAGUUGAAUACAAUUAAAUACGCUUCACGAAGUCCAAUGAAGAUCGUCAAUUCCAUUUCAAAUGUUCAAACGCAAACCAGACAUACUCCAUGAGGAAUGAAAACUCAACUUCCACACCGAUGAUGCUCCAGAAUGAAAAUCCGGAAGUAAUGCAUCUUAUUGGCAGCCAAGAAUGCAAAAUUAAGGCACUUAAGAGGCAACAGCGAAUGAUAAAGAAUCGAGAAUCAGCUUGUUUAUCGAGAAAAAAGAAAAAAGAAUAUAUAGCAUCAUUAGAGAAACAAAUAUUCGAUCUACGACAUGAGAACAGACAACUGAAAGUGGAGAAUACGGCGUUGAAACAAAAAUUAAACGCUUUCGAAGAAAUGACGAGAACAAGCAACAAAUUCAAUAACCUGAAUCUUAACGUUAACAAAAAGAAUACUGCUAUAUUGCUUGCCAUGAUUUUUAUGGUGUCCCUUAAUGUGGGUAGCUUGAGGUGAGUUCAUUUAUUUACCACCAUUAAUGAA